GUCAUCCCCUGUACUAUCCACAGUCUCUGGUCAUCCCUGUGCUGUCCGCAGUCUCUGGUCAUCCCUGUGCUGUCCGCAGUCUCUGGUCAUCCCUGUUCUGUGUCCGCAGUCUCUGGUCAUCCCUGUACUGUGUCCGCAGUCUCUGUCUCUGGUCAUCUCCUGUACUGUGUCCGCAGUCUCUGGUCAUCCCUGUACUGUCCGCAGUCUCUGGUCAUCCCUGUGCUGUCCGCAGUCUCUGGUCAUCUCUGUGCUGUCCGCAGUCUCUGGUCAUCCCUGUGCUGUCCGCAGUCUCUGGUCAUCUCUGUGCUGUCCGCAGUCUCUGGUCAUCCCUGUACUGUGUCCGCAGUCUCUGGUCAUCCCUGUGCUGUCUGCAGUCUCUGGUCAUCCCUGUACUGUGUCCGCAGUCUCUGGUCAUCUCCUGUACUGUGUCCGCAGUGUCUGGUCAUCCCUGUACUGUGUCUGCAGUCUCUGGUCAUCCCUGUACUGUGUCCGCAGUCUCUGGUCAUCCCUGUACUGUGUCCGCAGUCUCUGGUCAUCCCUGUACUGUGUCCGCAGUCUCUGGUCAUCCCU